GUCGCCUCCCCCGACCGCCCCCUCCCGGGCCCCUCCUCCGUGCCGCGGCCAGGCUGCCCCGCCGGCGGCGCCCUGGAAAUAUGAAGAGACGCUGCAGCUGCGGUGGCGGUGGCGGCCACUGCAGCUCGGAGCGGCGCACGCGGCGGCCGGGGCGGGACGCGGGGCCGGGCGCGGAGAAGUCGGGGCGGGCGGCAGAGAGGCCGGGACGCGGACCGGGCCGGGGCGCCCACAGCCGCCCGACGGCGCCCAGGGAGCGCGCGCCCCGCAGCCCCGCGCCUCGCCCACCGGGCAUGGGGCGCGCCGCAGCCGCCUGAAGCCCCGGCCUGGCCCGGCCGCACCCGGCCGGAGGCGGAGGGCAGAGCGCGCGCCCAGCUGCCCGGUCACCAAAUCGGAGCGCAGCGUGCGGGAGGGCCCAGAGCAGGACUGGAAAUGUCCUGGCCGCGCCGCCUCCUGCUCAGAUACCUGUUCCCGGCCCUCCUGCUUCACGGGCUGGGAGAGGGUUCUGCCCUCCUUCAUCCAGACAGCAGGUCCCAUCCUAGGUCCUUAGAGAAGAGCGCCUGGAGGGCUUUCAAGGAGUCACAGUGCCAUCACAUGCUCAAACAUCUCCACAAUGGCGCAAGGAUCACUGUGCAGAUGCCACCUACAAUCGAGGGCCACUGGGUCUCCACAGGCUGUGAAGUAAGGUCAGGCCCAGAGUUCAUCACAAGGUCCUACAGAUUCUACCACAAUAACACCUUCAAGGCCUACCAGUUUUAUUAUGGCAGCAACCGGUGCACAAAUCCCACUUACACUCUCAUUAUCCGGGGCAAGAUCCGCCUCCGCCAGGCCUCCUGGAUCAUCCGAGGGGGCACGGAAGCCGACUACCAGCUGCACAGCGUCCAAGUGAUCUGCCACACAGAGGCGGCGGCCGAGAAGCUCGGCCAGCAGGUGAACCGCACGUGCCCGGGGUUCCUCGCAGACGGGGGUCCCUGGGUGCAGGACGUGGCCUAUGACCUCUGGCGAGAGGAGAAUGGCUGUGAGUGCACCAAGGCCGUGAACUUUGCCAUGCAUGAGCUUCAGCUCAUCCGGGUGGAGAAGCAGUACCUUCACCACAACCUCGACCACCUGGUCGAGGAGCUCUUCCUUGGUGACAUUCAUACCGAUGCCACCCAGAGGAUGUUCUACCGGCCGUCCAGUUACCAGCCCCCUCUGCAGAAUGCCAAGAACCAUGACCACGCCUGCAUCGCCUGUCGGAUCAUCUAUCGGUCAGACGAGCACCACCCUCCCAUCCUGCCCCCGAAGGCAGACCUGACCAUCGGCCUGCACGGGGAGUGGGUGAGCCAGCGCUGCGAGGUGCGCCCCGAAGUCCUCUUCCUCACCCGCCACUUCAUCUUCCAUGACAACAACAACACCUGGGAGGGCCACUACUACCACUACUCAGACCCGGUGUGCAAGCACCCCACCUUCUCCAUCUAUGCCCGGGGCCGCUACAGCCGCGGCGUGCUCUCCUCCAGGGUCAUGGGAGGCACGGAGUUCGUGUUCAAAGUGAAUCACAUGAAGGUCACCCCCAUGGAUGCAGCCACAGCCUCACUGCUCAACGUCUUCAACGGGAAUGAGUGUGGGGCCGAGGGCUCCUGGCAGGUAGGCAUCCAGCAGGAUGUGACCCACACCAAUGGCUGCGUGGCCCUGGGCAUCAAACUACCUCACACGGAGUACGAGAUCUUCAAAAUGGAACAGGAUGCCCGGGGGCGCUAUCUGCUGUUCAAUGGCCAGAGGCCCAGCGACGGGUCGAGUCCAGACAGGCCAGAGAAGAGAGCCACGUCCUACCAGAUGCCCUUGGUCCAGUGUGCCUCCUCUUCGCCGAGGGCAGAGGACCUCGCAGAAGACAGUGGAAGCCGCCUGUAUGGCCGGGCCCCUGCGAGGCACCCCUGGCCCCUGCUGCUGGCUGCACUCGCCUGCCUUGUCACUCUGCUGCAUUGGAACAUCCGCAGAUAGAAGUUUUAGAAAGUUGUAUUUUUCCAAACCAGGAUUCCUUACUAUUGACAGAUUUUCUUUACCGAAAGAAAAGACAUUGAUUCUUUUGAUGCACUCGAAUGCCAGAGAACUGUCCUUCUUUUUCUCCUCUCCCUCCCUCCCCGCCCCUGAGUCAUGGACAGCAGAGAGCGUUUGAAGUUUCUGCUUUGAACUCCGUCCAGCCUGAUCCCUGCCCUGAGCAACUUCACAACAGUAAUUGCACUUUAAGACAGCCGAGAGUUUUGGACGAGCGUGUUUGGUAGCAGGGAUGAAAGCUAAGGCCCUCUUAUUUUUUUCUCUUAAUUAUUAUUAUAUUUCUGAGUUAAACUUAGAAGAAACAACUAUCAAGCUACAGUUUUUCCUGCCAUUUUCCUGUGGUUGCAGUCUGUCUUCCUUUGAAAUUGUUUCACUCUCUGAGUUUUAUAUGCUGGAAUCCAAUGCAGAGUUGGUUUGGGACUGUGAUCAAGACACCUUUUAUUAAUAAAGAAGAGACACAGGUGUAGAUAUGUAUAUACAAAAAGGUGUACGGUCUGGCUAAACCACCUUCGUAGCCUUUAUGCAAAAAAAGGGGAGAAUCAAAGCUUUCAUUUCAGAAAUGUUGCGUGGAAAAAUAUCUGUAAUUAAAGUUUCGAAGUAAUUUAACCUA